AUGCAGGAAAAGCAGCCUCACCACUGGCUUAAGCUGUGUGCAGAGGGGGCGGGGUUGAGCGUGGGUCAAGAAAGUGCCGGAAUUGUUACAAGUGAUGGCGCCAGUCCCCCAACAUACACGACCCACAAGGGUAUGGGCUUGGUGAGCUCGGCCUUCCCCGCCGAGGCUCUCUCGAAACUGCGCUAUGGCAACCUGGGCAUCUGCCACACUCGCUACUCCACCACGGGCAUGUCGGAGCUGCAGAACUGCCAGCCCUUUGUGGUGGACACGCUGCACGGCAAGAUCGCAGUGGCGCAUAACGGAGAGCUGGUUAAUGCUCACGGCCUGCGAAAGAAGGUCAUGCGUCACGGCGUGGGUCUGUCCACCAGCUCUGACAGCGAGCUCAUCACCCAGCUGCUGGCCUUGACCCCACCCACGGAGGAGCUGGACGCCCCCAACUGGGUGGCCAGAAUCAAGAAUUUGAUGACUGAGACGCCGACGUCCUACUCGCUCUUGAUGAUGUUUAAAGACGUCAUUUACGCCGUGCGGGACCCCUACGGCAAUCGACCCCUCUGCAUUGGACGCGUCGUCCCCGUCUCCAAACUGCACAAGUCAGGCGGUGGUGAAGCGGACACCGAGGGCUGGGUCGUGUCCUCCGAGUCCUGCAGCUUUCAGUCCAUCGGUGCAAAGUAUUACAGGGAGGUCCUCCCAGGAGAGAUCGUCCAGAUAUCUCAACACGGAGUCAAGUCUUUGAGCGUGGUCCCUCGUCGCGAAGGGGACUUUCCCGCCUUCUGCAUAUUUGAAUAUGUUUACUUCGCCAGACCGGACUCCAUUUUUGAAGGUCAGAUGGUGUACACCGUCCGACAGCGCUGCGGUCGACAGCUGGCCAUCGAGGCUCCCACAGACGCAGACGUGGUCAGCACCGUGCCAGAGUCGGCCACCCCCGCCGCUCUGGGUUACGCCCAACAGUCUGGCCUGCCUUACAUAGAGGUCCUGUGCAAGAACCGCUACGUCGGGAGAACCUUCAUCCAGCCCAACACCCGUCUGAGGCAGCUGGGAGUGGCCAAGAAGUUCGGCGCCCUGACGGACAACUUUGCCGGCAAGCGAGUGGUGCUGGUUGACGACUCCAUCGUCCGGGGAAACACCAUCUCCCCCAUCAUCAAACUACUGAAGGAAGCCGGGGCCACUGAGGUUCACAUCAGAGUGGCCUCGCCGCCUAUUAAGUUUCCUUGUUACAUGGGCAUCAACAUCCCCACUAAAGAGGAGCUCAUCGCCAACAAGCCAGAGUUCCAGGACAUUGCUGGAUACAUUGGUGCUAACAGCGUGCAGUAUCUGACCGUGGAGGGUCUGGUGUCGGCGGUCCAGAAAGGUGUGGCCUCCUUGCAGGGUGACAAGAUGAUCAACUCUACUAAUGAAAAGUCAGGUGAAAGAGUGGGUCACUGCACCGCGUGUUUGACUGGGAAGUACCCUGUAGAACUAGAGUGGUAA